UUCGCUAGGUGUAAUAAAACGAUACCGUUACGUCUCUCGGAGAAGACGCUUUAUUCACGCCGUGUUCUCGGUAUAGUUUAGCAAUGAUACGAGGUUCGGAAGCUGAAGAGUAGGCCAUGCACGGAAGUGUAUCUCUUCGUCGCGGUAGGCGUGCAUUGGGGAGAAUCCAUGCAUAAGCCGGACACGCGCCUUUCUACUCUCAGUAUGGCGCGUACUUUGAUCUAGAUUGUGGGAUUAAAAGACCGAAGUCCGAAUUAUUCUACAAUUGGGCGACACGUAUGAACGACUGGAAUUUUUUCCGUGUUCGUGAUUUAUCUUUAUGGUCAUUGUUUUCGUACUGUUGCGAGGAUGAUUUGUAUUCAACUGGUAUUGAGCCGGUAACGUUCAAAGUUGAUGGUUUGAAUAAUUGAAUUGAUUCUGUGAUAACGAAAAGAAAUUAUUGAACUCUAAGACAAGACUGUAUUGUUAAGUAAAGUGAAGAUGGAGAAAUUAGAAAGAGUUUUGCGACAAAGAAGAAUGUUGCUGCCCAAAAGGACAAGCGAAUUAGUUGCGUUGAUGGCCAUUUCUACUACACUAUUCCUUUUCAUACACACCAGAGAAUUGUCCACAAAAUUAAGGGAAAUGGAAGUAAGACUGCAACCAGAAGAUUUGAUCAGUUCCAACCAAAUCUUAUCAG